GAAAUAGCUUCGCUUUUUAACCACUUUGAGUUUUAAGUAUAAAUAGUAUAAUAACACACGCAGUUAAGUUAGGUUAGGUAACAUUUUGCACCAAUAUAUUUCACGGUAAUUGGAGUGUAUUUCUUCAAGAAAUUUGUAAAGUUUUUCUAAUUAAAAAGCGAGGUUAACACAGUACUUACACGAACUUUUUCAAGUGUUUAAAACAAUGGAAAAGCAUAAAACUGUUUUGUGUAAGUUGGCACUGAUACUUUUCAUUCUGCCAACCGUUUUGUGUUCAGUGCCGCCAGGUGUUAACUUUGAUGUUUUAUCGCAGACUAAGAGCCUUGGCGACUGCCAGGCGUGUAAAGUAUUUGUAGACUCCUUUAAGAAAGGUCUAGAACGUACAGCGAGAGGGAAUUAUGAAGGCGGUGACGCGGCGUGGGAGGAAGAGAAUAAGAAGUCGUACAGACGUAGUGAGAUGCGCUUAGUUGAUAUACUAGACGGCAUAUGCAAGGAUGUCUCAAAACAUUCAGUUCAGUGCCACCAAUACGCUGAGAAAGCUGAGGAACCCAUAGAGCAAUGGUGGGCCCAAGAUGCUGAUGAAUCUGAUGACCUUCACACUUACAUAUGUAUUCACAGUCUAAAGGUAUGUUGCCCAGAACAUCAUUAUGGUAAAGAUUGCACACCUUGCCCUGGGGAUCACAAUAAUCUAUGCAGCGGUAAUGGAAAAUGCCGUGGAGACGGUUCAAGAAAAGGAAACGGAACUUGCAUAUGUGAUAAAGGUUAUACAGGAGUAAAUUGUGAUCUCUGUGAUAUUGGUUAUUACUUGUCUUAUAAGGAUCCAAAUAAAAUGCUGUGUUCUCCGUGUCAUAUAUCCUGUUCCGGUGCAUGCCGUGGGUCUACGCAAAGAGACUGUGAUGUCUGCAAAAUAGGUUUUAUUCUGGACUCAGAAGAAGGUUGCAUGGACAUUAAUGAAUGUGAGGACAGAAAAAGAUGCAAGAAAGGCGAAUUUUGCCUUAACUCCUUAGGUUCCUAUAAGUGUGUUGAUUGUGAUAAGUCAUGUGAUGGCUGUCAUGGCGAUGGUCCAGAUAUGUGCACAAAAUGUGCAAAGGAAUUUUCUUUGAAGGGAGAAUUCUGUGUACCCGAUAGAGAAUAUGAGGAUGAUGUUAAUGAAAAAUUUGCUACUACAAGGUACAUGACAUACGUUGGACUUCUGAUAGCAACAGGCAUAGUGUUACCAACAUCUACGUCCCUGGGCAGCUUUAUCGGAGCUUUGGUUUUGACAUACAUGGUUGGAGCGGAGUACUACUGCAUGAUUAACGGAAUAGAAGGCUUGGUAAAUCUGAAACAGUAUGAUUUAAUGCAGUUGUUCAAUGUGUAAUUACUUUGCAAGUUUUUAUAUACAUGUUUUUGAUAUAUUUACACUGAAUUUUGUUUUAAAAAUUGUUAGAAUUGGAUUUAAGAAUUCUUUUUGCCUAUGUAUAGUCAAAAGCACAUCAUCUUAACACUUUUGUGUGAAUACCUGUAGCACUAUGAAAUAUAUACUGUGUGUGCUACGCAAUGUGCUGCUUGAUGUCCUAUUAACAUACAGUCAACAAUACUUGAAACUCCAUCAGUUAUUUCUACCCAGUGUUAUUUUUUUAUUAAAUUUAAAUGUACUAGAUUCAUCAUGUAUAUUACCAGAAAUAGGGACAAAAUAAGGGUCAUACAUUUCUCUGGUAGCUCAUAAGUGAUACAUCACUUUUAAAAAUCAACACAUGUUUGCACUGAAACAGACAGCGCCAACAACUGACCUCUGUGUAUGUCUCUGAGUAUACUCAGUAUUUAUUGUAAUAAAGAUAAUAUCCCCGUCAAUAGUUUCGAAUUCCAGUCGGCCAAUCGGAGCGCAAUUGUCAUAGUAAUCAUAUGGAAGAAUAGUUUUCAAACAAAUUAAAUGACAUUUCGUCUCUAUUUCUGGUUAUAAACUCGAUAACUACAUUUAAUGUUUAAAAAAAGGAAUUUGAAAAGUAAUACAAAGCAAUCAAUGUGAUAUUCAUCAGUCGUCAAAAUAGUGGUGCAUUUAAGGAAUUAUUAUGAAAAAAUUCUAGAUCGUAAUAAUAUGCAUAAAUUAAAACACACACUAUCUCAUGUACUUCUAGUUAAUAUAAGUAGAUAGCUAGUUUGUUAUUAUAUCACUUCUUACGUUGUCAUCAACACAACACAGUAUG